CGUCUCUAAAUAUUUUGGUUGAUCGAAACGGCGCACGUGUUCUUGAGUUCAAUAUUUAUAAAUUAAUAUUUGAAAAUGGGAUUUGGUAAUCGUGGCGGCGGUGGCGGAGGCGGAAGAGGAUUUGGAGGCGGCGGUGGAGGACGAGGAGGCGGCGGCGGACGAGGUGGUGGCGGCCGAGGAGGUGGAGGCGGCUUCAGAUCCAACGGCGGCGGUGGAGGAUUCGGAAGAGGAGGCGGCGGCGGACGUGGAGGCGGCCGUGGAGCCUUCAAUGAUGGACCCCCAGAGAGAGUUAUCCCAUUGGGUGACUUCUCCUACGCGUGCCAAAAUGACCUCGUGUGCAAAGUUGGAAUCCAGGAUGUCCCAUACUUCAACGCGCCCAUAUUCCUCGAGAACAAGGAACAAGUGGGCAAAAUUGACGAGAUCUUUGGAACCGUUCGGGAUUACAGCGUGUCCAUCAAACUGUCGGACAACGUGUAUGCAAACAGUUUCAAACCCAACCAGACACUGUACAUCGACCCCGGAAAGCUGUUACCAAUCGCCAGAUUUCUGCCCAAACCCCCGCAGCCGAAAGGAGCGAAGAAAGCCUUUACGCGCGGAGGAGGCGGCGGUGGCGGUGGAGGAUUCGGUCGCGGUGGUGGCGGUCGUGGAGGAGGUGGUCGAGGAGGCGGCGGCGGACGAGGAGGUGGAGGCGGCGGAUUCAGGGGCGGAAACCGCGGAGGUGGAGGCGGUGGCGGCGGCGGAGGAUUCGGCCGAGGAAGGGGAGGAGGUGGUGGCGGCGGCGGUCGCGGUCGAUGGUAGUUUUCAGUAUCUGACCCGCACAAAAACAUUUAAAGAAGUGUACAAUCCAAUUUGUGUACAUGUCCAACUAGUUUGUAAGCACAGGAUCAUUUGGGUAUUAUUCGCUGACCUACCAAUCGAAUAUUUUACCUUGAAUGCUACUAAAAUAAAUUUCCUAAAAAUGUAAA